AUAAGAGAAUAUGAGGUUAGGGUUUUCUUCUCCCAAACCCCGCAACUCUGUGGCGCUAUCUUCAUCUCUCCUCUUCACUCGCACGCUUGGCACCCAAUCAGGUUUUUUCUUUAGGAGAGUACCCGGAACUUUUGUGUCAAUUUAUUAGAGGCAAUGGCGUCGAGAUUUUGGACUCAGGGUGACAGUGAAACGGAAGAGGAAGAGAGUGAUUACGAUGAGGAGGAAGAGAGCGUGGCAGUGGAGACAACCACAGCCACAGCUGCAAGCAGAUACUACUCUGGCAAUGCUAGUGAUAGCGAUGAUUCUGAUGGGCAGAAGCGUGUUGUCCGACGUGUUAAGGACAAGCGGUUUGAUGAGAUGUCUGCAACUGUUGAUCAGAUGAAAAAUGCAAUGAAAAUCAAUGAUUGGGUCAGUUUGCAAGAAAGUUUUGAGAAGAUCAAUAAGCAAUUGGGGAAGGUCAUGAGGGUUACUGAAUCUGAUAAACCUCCGAAUCUCUACAUUAAGGCUCUUGUGAUGUUGGAGGAUUUCUUGAAUCAGGCUUUGGCCAAUAAGGAGGCAAAGAAGAAAAUGAGUAGCAGUAAUGCAAAGGCCCUGAAUUCAAUGAAACAGAAGUUGAAGAAGAAUAAUAAGCUUUAUGAGGACAUGAUCAACCAGUGUAGGGAGAAGCCUGACCUGUUUGAGGAAAAAGUCGAGGAUGAGCAAGAACCUGAGGAUGAAGAUGAAGAUGAGGAUGAGGAUGAUGAUUUUGACGAGGACCCAGCAACUCUGGAAUCUGAGGAGAGUGAGGACGAAGAAGAAGCUGGAAAGGAGGCUGGUGAGAGUGGACCUGGAUGGGAGAAGAUGUUGAGCAAGAAAGAUAAGAUGAUGGAUAAGCAGUUCAAGGACCCCAGCCAAAUUACAUGGGACACUGUAAACAAGAAGUUUAAGGAGGUUAUGGCUGCCAGGGGGAAGAAGGGGACAGGCAGAAUUGAGUUGGUUGAGCAGCUCACUUUCUUAACGAGGGUCGCAAAGACCCCUGCCCAGAAGCUUGAAAUCCUUUUCAGUGUUGUCUCUGCACAGUUUGAUGUUAAUCCAAGUCUUAGUGGACACAUGCCAAUCAAUGUAUGGAAACAGUGUGUGCAGAAUUUGCUCAAGAUACUUGAUAUUUUAACACAGUACCCAAAUAUUGUGGUUGAUGAUAUGGUGGAGCCUGAUGAGAAUGAGACCCAGAAAGGAGCUGACCACAGUGGUACAAUUAGGAUCUGGGGUAAUUUGGUUGCCUUCCUUGAAAGGGUUGAUGUGGAAUAUUUUAAGAGCCUUCAAGUUAUUGAUCCACACACCCGUGAGUAUGUUGAGAGGCUUAAGGAUGAGCCCAUGUUUGUAGUCCUUGCCCAGAAUGUCCAGGAAUAUUUGGAACGGGUUGGGGAUUACAAGGGUGCGUCAAAGGUUGCUCUUAAACGGGUUGAACUCAUAUAUUAUAAACCGCAGGAGGUCUAUGAUGCGAUGAGGAAACUGGCUGAGCAGGAAAUUGGAGAAACAGAAGAGUCUGGAGAGGAAAACAGAGCUGUGGAGGAAAGUAGGGGACCACCUGCCUUUGUUGCUACUCCUGAGCUGGUGCCUCGCAAGCCUACUUUUCCAGAGAACAGCAGAACCUUGAUGGACAUCCUUGUCUCACUUAUAUACAAGUAUGGUGAUGAAAGGACUAAGGCCCGUGCAAUGCUCUGUGAUAUAUACCACCAUGCUAUCUUGGAUGAAUUUUCAACAUCACGCGACUUGUUGCUUAUGAGUCACUUGCAGGAUAGCAUCCAGCAUAUGGAUAUAUCAACACAAAUACUUUUCAACAGAGCUAUGGCGCAGCUUGGCUUAUGUGCAUUCAGAGUUGGGCUUGUCGUUGAAGGCCAUAGUUGCCUUUCGGAACUGUAUUCUGCUGGCAGGGUGAAGGAGUUGCUGGCACAAGGCGUGUCUCAGAGCCGAUAUCAUGAGAAGACUCCAGAACAGGAGCGCCUGGAGAGAAGGCGUCAGAUGCCUUAUCACAUGCAUAUAAAUCUUGAGCUUCUUGAAGCUGUACAUCUGACUUGUGCCAUGUUACUAGAGGUCCCUAACAUGGCAGCUAAUGCGCAUGAUGCCAAACGUAAGAUCAUAAGCAAAACUUUCCGAAGGUUACUUGAAGUGAGCGAGCGGCAAACGUUCACUGGGCCUCCUGAAAAUGUUAGGGACCAUGUAAUGGCUGCCACUAGGGCCCUGAGGCAGGGAGAUUAUGAGAAGGCCUUUGCUGUUAUCAAAUCUCUUGACGUUUGGAAGCUGCUCCGCAACAAAGAUAACGUUCUCGAGAUGCUCAAGGCUAAAAUCAAGGAAGAGGCUUUAAGGACCUACCUCUUUACAUAUUCCCCCUCUUAUGAUUCACUAAGCCUCGACCACCUCUCCAAGAUGUUUGAUCUAUCAGAUGCCCAGACUCACAGUAUUGUCAGUAAGAUGAUGAUCAAUGAGGAACUCCAUGCAAGUUGGGACCAACCAACACAGUGCAUCGUUUUCCACGAUGUUGAGCACACAAGACUACAGGCUUUGGCUUUCCAGUUGACAGAGAAGCUCACAAUCCUGGCAGAAACCAAUGAGAGAGCAAUUGAGUCGCGGAUUGGUGGUGGUGGAUUGGAGGGCCUACCUCUUAGGCGGAAAGACGGGCAAGAUUAUGCUGCAGCAGCUGCUUCUGGCGGUGGCGGUAGGUGGCAGGAAUUCUCUUUUUCGCAGGGCAGGCAAGGCAGCAGCGGUGGAAGAAUGGGAUAUAAUGUCGGUGGAAGAUCCUCAGCAUCAGGCCUUGUGGGUGGUUUCUCAAGGGAUCGGCAGGCACGAUCUGGCGGUUACCAGGGCUCACGAAAUCAAGAUGGGCCAGGUCGGAUUUCAGGCACCAGGGGUACUCAGAUGGAUGCUUCAACCCGGAUGGUUAACCUCAAUAGAGGUAUUCGUGCUUAGAUAGAGUAAAACUAAGAGUUUUUGUAUCUGGACUUGUAGUUUCAUCAUUUAAAUCCAUCAUUUUGGUAUUUCAAUGAGAACUUUGACUGUACAACAGCAAAUGACUUUUGAGUCUACCCUCUGUUUUAAUUUAUAAAUUUCGGCGAGACACCUAUUUUGUACUCCCUCAAUUACCACCGA